AGCAAGAAAACAACCAUGUCAACUAUAUCCUUCACCAUAUUCAUCCUUGCUAAUGUGUGGCUUUUGGUGGUAACAACAUCAAUAGCUCAGUUUGUCAUCGACACAAGCGGUGAACCUGUUGAGAAUGAUGAGGAUUACUUCAUCAGACCUGCUAUCACCGGCAACGGAGGAAGUCUCACUUUAGUCACCAGAAACUCGUGCCCUUUCAAUGUUGGUCUUGAUCCCGACGCGCCACAAGGUUUUGCUGUGUUAUUAUCUCCUUUUGUUUCCAACCGUGAGGAGGACGAGGUGAGGCUUGGCAGAGACUUAAGAGUGAUAUUCCAAGCAGGCACGAGCUGUGGACAGUCAACAGAAUGGAGGUUGGGUGAGAGGGACGCAACGACUGGAAGAAGGUUCAUUAUCACCGGAAGAGAUGAUAGUACAGUUGGAUCAUAUGGUAACUUCUUUAGGAUUGUGCAAACUCCAAGUAGAGGUAUCUUUAACAUCCAAUGGUGUCCUACAGAGGUGUGUCCAAGUUGUAAGUUUGAAUGUGGGACUGUUGGUAUUGUUCGUGAGAAUGGUAAGAUUCUGUUAGCUCUUGAUGGCAGUGCCCUUCCCGUUGCGUUCCAAAAAGAAUAAUCUGAAGGAUGGUGAAGUUUACUUUUAGUGGUGUACGAUUAUGCACUCUUGUUGUUUUCUUGUUUACUCAAUAAAUAUGGAGUCAUCGUUCAUUUCAAUUACAUGUAUUCUAUCAUAGAAGAAAGCUUCAAAGAUGGUUAUGUGUAUUGUUGACAAAAUGGCCGUGUAUUCUUUCUUUACUAAGGAGAAUUUGCUGUCA